GUCCCACUGCGGCACCCUGACCCGUGAUAACGGCAGCGCUCCUCCUGACAGCUUUAGCGACUUCUCUGACAGUUGGUUUAUCUCUGUUUCACUCAGUCUUUUACCUGUAAGAUGAACAGGAGACCUUAAUGUUAUCUGUGAACGUUUAUUCAUCGUCCUGUGAUGGAGAACAUUCACCGCCAAGGCGUUUGGGUGGCGGAGGCUCUUCAGCUGAGAACGAGAAGCCUGGAGGAUUUCUGGCUAGUCGCUUCUCAUAUGGGAGACCCGAAAGCUGCGGUUCUCCUGGUCUUUCCUGUCGUGUUUUACAUUCAUCGACGGACUGGCAUCGCUGUUCUCUGGGUAGCAGCUUUAUCAGAGUGGCUUAAUUUGGUUCUCAAAUGGUUCCUGUUUGGCGAGAGGCCAUAUUGGUGGAUUGGAGAAUCUGGAUUGUUUUCUAAAAACCCACCGAAAGUCCAGCAGUUCCUGUCUACCUGUGAGACUGGCCCAGGCAGUCCUUCGGGUCAUGCCAUGGUCACUAGUGCUGUCUGGUGGCUGAUCGUCUCUGCGCUGGCCUCAUUCUUUCACACUCGCACCGGCAGUAAGAUAUUGGCUGCAGUGCCGUACCUGUUGUAUGCAGUAUUUUUGGGAUGUGUGGGCCUUUCUCGGAUCUUCAUCCUGGCUCACUUCCCUCAUCAAGUCAUUGCCGGUCUUCUGACAGGGGUGUUGCUGGGGAUUUAUCUGAACCGGACUGUGCCUGAAUGUCGCCCUCUGCUGUUCUUCUUUUGCUGUAGCGUGACUUUGCUCUUUGGAGCGCUUGUGCUGCAUGGUGCCCUGCAAAAGACUGGGAUUGAUCUUUCUUGGUCCAUCUCUCUGGCUAAGAGGUGGUGUUCUCACGCCGAGUGGAUCCGUUUGGACACUGCGCCCUUCUCCUCUCUAAACCGUGACGCCGGGGUUCUGCUAGGACUAGGACUUGCACAGUAUUGGAAGCCAGGUGGAUGGGCUCUUCCAUGGGUACCCAGGACUCUCUGUCUGGCCCUCUCGUCCAUGGCCCUCCACUACAUCAGCAGCUUCCCUUUGCCCACCGUUCCUCCUCUUCUCUUCUACUCCCUGUUCUUUCUGAAAUACACCAUUGUGCCACAGGUGGUCAUGGUGUUAGUGCCAGGAUUUGUGCAUCUCCUCACAGCCAAACCCAAGAGGGAGUAAAGGUGAAUGUCGCAGAUUUGUUUAGUGCUGAUUGACACACAUCAUCUACUGUAGAAGAUAAAUCAUUAAUGGGGUUCUAUUUCAAUACAAGCAGACAAUGCAGUUGCUUCAAAGAUUGUUUUGCAAAAGAAAGAAAAAAUGGGACAUUGAAUAUGGAUUUCUGAAUCUGUGCCAAAGAAACUCUAAGUAUCGUUAAAAAGUCAAUUUAUUUUUUCAUGCUUUCAAGUUAUUUGAAUGGUCUAAAAAUCAAUCGAUAUUCUGUUUUUGCAAAGUGAUUAAGAAAGCUAGAUAUUUACAUUUUCUGUAGUAUUUGCUUAGUCUGAUUUUAAAUUGUUGUAGGUGGUUGCUAGGGUGUUGCUAAGGUGUAUCGAAUGUUCUCUGGUCCUUAGAAAUGGCUGGAGGAUUUCAGAUUUAAAGGGUUA